AUGUCCAAGCGAUCAAAUUUUGAUUGGCAAUGUCAGGGUAUGGGUCGGGUAGGAACGGACAAAAACUUGGGGAAUGGAAAUACAGGAAUAUUUUUUAUAAACCAUUUCCUAAUUCUAUCUAUCUAUCUAUCUAUCUAUCUAUCUAUCUAUCUAUCUAUCUAUCUAUCUAUCUAUCUCUCUCUCUCUCUCUCUCUCUCUCUCUAUAUAUAUAUAUAUAUAUAUAUAUAUAUAUAUAGUCUGUUCCUUCCUUCCUUCCUUCCUUCCUUCCUUCCUUCUUCCUAUCUAUCUAUCUAUCUAUCUAUCUAUCUAUCUAUCUAUCUAUCUAUCUAUCUAUCUAUCGUUAUUUCUCUCUCUCUCUCUCUCUCUAUGUAUAUAUAUAUAUAUAUAUGCCAGUCUGUUCCUUCCUUCCUUCCUUCCUUCCUUCUAUCCUUCCUAUCUAUCUAUCUAUCUAUCUAUCUAUCUAUCUAUCUAUCUAUCUAUCCUUAUUUCUCUCUCUCUCUAUCUCUCUCUCAAAACUUAAAUCCGAAAUUUUACACAUCCAUCUAUCUAUCUAUCUAUCUAUCUAUCUAUCUAUCUAUCUAUCUAUCUAUCUAUCCCAGUCUGUUCUUAUCUAUCUAUCUAUCUAUCUAUCUAUCUAUCUGUCAGUCUGUUCUUAUCUAUCUAUCUAUCUAUCUAUCUAUCUAUCUAUCUAUCUAUCUAUCUAUCUAUCUAUCUAUCUAUCUUCAGAUAAUACAAUAUACAAACAACAAAAUGAUUUAA